CGCACCAUUUGCCCCGACCCUUUCUACCAGCUUGUGCUCCACUGGCUGGAGCAGGACUUGCCGGACUUGUCCGUCUCCCGGGAGAGAAGCCGGCUGCCGUGGGGAAUCCCUGUCCCCGGUGACUCGACACAAACGAUUUACGUGUGGGUGGAUGCCUUGGUGAACUACCUGAGCGUGGUGGGCUACCCCGAGACUCACGGGGACUGGUGGCCUGCUGCGCAGCACGUCGUGGGCAAGGACAUCCUCAAGUUCCAUGCUCGGGACUGUGACUAUUACGAUGAGAAGGUGGUUAAGCUGGUGAAUUCGGAACUGGCAGAUGCGCUUGGGGGGCUUCUGAAUCGGUCGACAGCCCCCAGCAUUAACCCCAGCAACACUUACCCGUGCUUCUCAGAGUCCUGCUUCCCCCACGUCCUGGAUUACAGAGGGACAGAAGCCACGGGCAGGGCUUCUGCUGAAGACUACGAGUUGGUGGCGUCCGUGGCUUCUCUGCCUCUGCAGGUGGCCGGGUAUUUUGAGGGUUUCCAGAUCUACAAGGCUUUAGAAAGUAUCGCCCUGUGCGUAAGGCAGACCAACAGUUUCUUCCAGAGACACAGGCCUUGGAAACUCGACCGGAGGGACCCUGCGGAGCAGCUCUGGCUCGACACCAUCCUCCACGUGACGCUGGAAUGCCUGCGCGUCUACGGGAUGCUCCUGCAGCCCGUGAUCCCGCACACUGCGGACAAGUUGCUUUCCAGGCUGGCGGUUGAGCCAGCAGAGAGAGGUCUCCCGGGCCUGACGUUCCUGCCGCGCUACAGCGGGAGGCCCUGUCCCUUUGAAGGGCGGCAGCUGGGGCCCGACACCGGCGUCUUGUUCCACAGACUGAGCCCCUGA